CAAUUAUUUUGCCACCUUUUGCAGGCGGCAGCGUGUCGUCAAACGAUUCUUGUCAUUUGGAAUUUGGGAACCUGAUACACGCUGGAAAUAAUUCUAAACAAUAAUGAUCUUCGACGUGAAAUUCACCCACUCGUCUACACUUCACUUAAGAGAAGAGGUUCAUUCAUCUUUUUUUUUUACCUCAGUCAUCUGCCUCAGGUAGCGGAAAGGCGCUUUUUUCUCGUACGCUAUGCUAUCCAGGACCGAAGUCAAAUUGGCACUCUCAUCACCAAAAUGCGUACCUUUCUCAAGUGUAUCACGGGCACGGUAGUAGACGCCAAGCACAGAUUUUUAUCCAGGGGCCUGUCCGCCAAACUUCCAUGCUAUAUAACGGACGGUGGCCCACAUCCGUCCGCAUUCCCUCUUCCUUUACGAAAACAUGUUCAACACCCUCCAGGCUGCAGUUGUUCUUGGUUUCACUGUCCUUCCAGCCUUGGCUUCUGGUCCUCUCCCGAGAAAAAUAGUCGCUCGGGAGAUAGUAGCAAGAGAUGAUGGCACCAUUCCGGCUCUCCUACGUUCUCCUUUCCCCAGGUCAACAGAUGGCCUCGUAGUCCGUCAAGCCGGUACCUGUGACACUGGAUACCUCCCUUGCAGUGAUGGAAGCGGCUGUUGCCCAAUCGGCGAAUACUGUGGCACAUGGGGAGGCCUGCUCGGGUGUUGUCCUAACGGCCAGACCUGUGUGGCCAACGACAACCAGGAGUGUGACUACGUGGGAUACACGCUCUGCUCUGGCGAAGACUUCUGCUGUCCUACUGGCGAUCUAUGCUACCGUGAUAGCACUGGAUCCCCUGCUUGCAGCGAUUUAUCAAGCGGAGGUGGCACCUCGAGCUUGAUCUCAAGCGCCUUUGGGACUGGCUUCGCUUCUGGUACGACUAAAGCGGCGGUUUCCAGUGCCAUACUCUCGCACAGCAGCAGCGGUUUAGGAUUCACGACGAACGUCCAGGCCGGCACCACAUCUAGCACUACUCGCAGCGCCAUUGCAACUGCCACUGGGGUCAACGACGCAUCCUUGACUCCCAGCAGCAGUUCUGCGGCGAGUAGCCAGACCACUGGUCUUAGCGGUCUCGGUGGUGGUAAUGGUGCAGGAACAACUGGCGUGUCGUUCAACAUCUUCGCAUUGGCCAUCUGUUCUACUCUUGGUUUCAUCAUCUUCAACUAGGUGUAGGAUGGCAACUUACACUUAUCACUUAUAUCACCCUCUCCUCAAUGUCCAAAAAGUACUACUCUCGUUUCAAUUGAACGACAUGCGCCAUUCGUUACAGAAUUAUGAUGGUUGGCUAUAAACGCCAUCUCAUUCGAGGGUAUUGACAAAUGUAAAAUCUGUAUUU